AUGAUCUUCGGCCUAACAGCCCAAGUCCUCACCUUCGCCUUCGCAGCCCCCCUCUACUGCUUCUUCCAUCUUAUAACCUCAAGAACAGCCAAAAACCCAACCCCCGACACCCUCCGCAUCCCGCGCUCAAUAACCAACACCCUCCCCCUAGUCUUCAUCCUAGGCUACAUGGUCCCCACACAGCUCCUCAUCCUCCCAAUCUCAGAACACAUAACAUUUGACCUAAAACAAAUCUUCAUCGCCAUCUGGCAACCCUGGCCCGCAUACAUCUCCAUCAUCCUUACACUCAUCUACACCAUCACAACCCCCUUCACAUCCUCAGAUAGGACAACUCCAGCCAGCGAGCGGAAGAAUCUCAGUUCCUUGAGAUGGGUCUACGCAUUCGCAUUCGGAAACACAGCGCUUACGCACCUCAUCUCGUGGAUUGUUUCAUUGGCAUCUGUUCUCGUCCCUGAUAUCUUUAAUCCGGAGGUUGUGGACUACUUGCAUCCAGGCCGGGUAUUCGAGGUCCCGAUUCCGUGGGAAGAGCCUGUGAGGACUGUGGCGAGUGUUGGGCAUGGAGUGCAUGCGUUUUUGAGGUGGGAUUAUAUUAUUGGGUCGCUUGGGGUGUUAGUUUGGGCAGUGAGUUUGCAUGGGGCUGCGCAGAGGGGGGUUUAUGGGAGUGUUGGGUGGUUGUGGCUUCUUUGGAAGGUGGGUUUGUUAAGUGUUUUUGUGGGUCCUGUUGGUGCGGCUGUUGAGUUGAUGUGGGAGAGGGAGGAGUUGGUUCUUGCGAAGAGGGGGUUGACUGAGAGUGGGAAGAAGGAUUCUUAG